AUGUGUCCCAUUACCUUCUGGAAGCACGAGUGUUUCUUUUGCGGAGCCGUCAAGGACAACGCUUCUCUCUACGACCCCGAGAUCACCAGUGUUUGUCCAGGUUGUGCUUCUCCAGUCGAGGUGGAGCUGGAGUGGCGCCUCUGGAUCUGCCCUCCUUGUGAGGAAGAGCGAGCUACUGCCCAGCCCAAAUAUCCCCCUACAGGCCAGCGCCCACAGGGGGGUGUCCGUACGUAUAUGUUCCCGAAUGAAACCCAGCGCCAGAACGGACUUCAGCGUCAGAAUGAACCUCGUUUCCAGGAUGCUCCGCGGUUCCAGCCGUUUCAGAACAAUCCACGUGGCCAUCGCGUUGCUCAGCAGUAUCCUGCUCAGCAAGGUGAGCAACGUCCCCAGUACUUCCAGAUGGGCCAUCCUCCCCGUGUUCAAUACGAACCCGCCGACAGGGUCGUCGUGAGAGCCGUGACCACCAUGACCACCACCACCACCACUACUAGGUGA